AUGCAGAUGACUACUGCAACCACAACUGCGUCUGGCUUGGCGAUGACAUCAACCGCCUCUAUGUCCACCAUGAAUAUGGCUUUUAACACCGAGAACCUGUCCACGCUGCUCUUUUCAAAUUCAUGGAGGCCAACUAGUACUGGCGCGUAUACGGGUACUUGGUUUUUUCUCUUCUUUCUCGCUGUAAUAUGGCGAGCUAUGAGUGCGCAGCUUGUCAAGUUGGACGCUUUCUGGGCCUCAAAGUCUGCGGGAUACCCCAUUCUUAUCAAUGGUGGCCAGGAUAAACCCUCACGGGAGAAAUUGAUUCAAACAUGGCGGCUGUCGAUCAACCUCCCUCGUGCGGUAUUUCGAAUGGUUAACCAGGGCAUUGCAUAUCUAUUAAUGAUUGCAGUGAUGACGAUGAACGUUGGAUUCUUCUUUGCUGUGCUUGUCGGGUACUUUUUCGGAGAACUCACCUUUGGUCGAGUCGGCAUGGCGACUGUUGACAGUUAA